AUGGAUACAAUUCCUCCUCCGCCCAAACUACGGUCCUGUAUGCGUCCACAGGAGAAGCUGCUGACAGAUGUUGAUCAGAACUCCCUAAGUGUGAAGGAUAGGAUCAAAUGGCGAGAAGAGCUGGAACAUCGUUCCGUUAAGAAGAAACAAGUGCGCUUCAGAGAAUUCGAAGAUCCUGAAAAUAAAUGCCGAUUCUAUACCCGACCGACUGACAGCGAUGUUUGUAGUCGUGAGGUGGCAACGAUGCAAAAUCAAUUGAGGGAUGCCACUCGAUACGCCUUAUAUGUGGACUGCCCUCUGUAUCGCGGACAACAAAUAAUUCGGCGGGUUAUGAGUCGAUAUGUACCGCCAGCAGCAUCAAAUUUCCAUAAUCAAGAAGCCUACCUGGAAAAAUUGGCUGGAGAGGUGGAUGGCUCCUUUAAAAUAUCGACCUAUAAAUUACUGUAA